CGUAGACCACAAUGUCUGAGCAUUUGAGUCUGGCAGCACUUUGUUGGCAUCGGCAUCAGUGACAUUUCGGUUUUGUGUUGUGUUUAUGUCGCAUAUAUAACAAAGUUUAUUUAAUACGAAAAAAAAUAAUUGAAUAAAAAAUAUUUAAUACAUCAAACAAGCAAGCAUGAGUAAUUGUGACACUGAAUCCGUAGAUGAAAACCAACCACCGCCGUCAAAUAAUCCCUCAACAUCAUCAGCGACCGGCGAAGAUGUGGAAGUAGUACCAAAACAUUUAAGAUCACGUUACUGGAAUAGUUGGGAGGAGAUGCGUUUGGUGGAGCUCUGGCGACUGUAUUGUGCUGAAGUAACGACGUUAAAGAUAAACGUGCCCAUUUUCCGCACCAUUGCAGAAGGCAUGCGUGAAUACGGGUUUUUGGUAAAUGCACAGGAAGUGCGACGUAAAAUGAAUAAUUUCAAAAACAAAUAUAUCGCGGAGCGACGAAGCCUCGAGUUAGAUGGGAACAAAAAGCAAAGCGAUUGGCGUUUAUAUCCGCUCGUACACUGUUUGCUAGCCCCGCGACAAAAAAAUCAGCUAUUAACACAUCAGAAAUUAAUUAUUAAUCAACUUUUCUCCAAAAUACCUGCAGAUGUGUUAAACAAAGAAUUACCUUUCUCAGAAAGAUUAGCCGACAAAACUAAACAGCAGUCAACUUCUUUUACCUCGAAACCUGUGGAGCUCUUAACAUUACCAACACAAUCGCGUUACCAACCACGACACCAACCAUAUGCCAAAACUUUCGGCAAUUAUUCCAGCACGUUACUACGACAUAAAUUUACAAAAGAGAAAUUGACCCAACUAAUUAUAGACAAUAGCAUAUUGUCUGACCAACGGGAUACAGCCUUAAAGCACUUAAAAGCCGAAGAACGUUCCUUUGCAGCCUUAGAAAGUUUCCUUUUGAAUUGGGAGAAGAAACACGAAACCACUUUGCAGAGUUUGCAGUGUACGGGUGGUGAAUAAUUAUAACUAAAGAAAAGAUUUUGUGUGGAUUUGUUUUCGGUUCUACCUACCAAGUAAAUUAAGAUUAUUUGUUAUAUUUUUGCUACUUAAUUUAAUAACCAAAUUACCAAUUUAAUUUAUGGGUUUGAGUUUGUGUGCCUAAAUGGGCUUGAUGAAUAUUAUUGUUUCUCGAAAUAUGUAGGGAACUGAAGCACUUUUUUUUUUUUGAAUAGUGUACAUAUGUAUUGAAAUAAAAAAUACACUACAGUUAUAUUAAGUUGUUCGUAUGUAUCAUAUUUAUUUUUGUUUUAUCAUAAUCAUCUAACUAUUAUUUUUUCAAUUCGUACUGGUCAUACAUUUCUUCGUUUGAAGCAAAUAUUAUGUUUUUUUCUUUAAUUCGAUUAUUGUAAUUGCAAUUUAAAGUGUAGUCUAGUGAAGAUAUUUGUAGAACGGCAAAUACAAACAGCAAUAAAAUUGCUAACAUUGGUAAUGAACUACAUUAAUAAAAUGUUUUAACUGAAACCGAAAUAACCGUUUUCCCCGUAUACUGAUUUUUGAUAAGGCUAACUAGUGAAAGCACUUAAACUUAAUUAAAUACGAAUAUCCACUUAAGUUUUGUUGGUGCAAAGAAAAUACAAAUUACUGUACAAAUAAAUAAAGGAACACCUGAAGUGUUUGACAAAAGUUUAA